GAAUAAAAUAAGUCAAAUAAAUGGAUGAAAAACGAAAAAAAGAGUAUAGGCCUAUUUACUUUCCUCUUUUUUUUCCUUUUCACUUCUACAAACAAGGAAGCUGAUGCGAGAAUAAUUUUAAAAAUAAACGUAAAGUGGGGAGAAGAAAAAGGUUCGAACGGCGAAUGUACUCCAGAGUCCAAAAUGUGUAUAGUAUAGGUUUUCGCUUUAGUAGGUUAGUGUGAAUAGCAAUCUUAUAUAUAAACGGUUAUAGGAAAGCUAUUUUUAGAACGAUGCUCGAGGUUUUUACGCCAAGAUUAAUUUUACUUGUUUGCCCUAUAGUAAAAGAAUAUAUAGAGGGAAUUGAAGGUGUGAAUAUUUUAUUCCUAUAUCUGCCUCUGGUACUUUAUAAAAUCUUAUUAUACCGUCUAUAUAUCGAUUAUAACGCGAUGAAUGAUAAAUCGUUCUUCCCUGCUCCUGUCGCUAAAUGCCUCUAGUCGGGAUAUGCGCUGAGUAAAAAACCCUGCUUUUCUAUUCUUGGAUCUUGCUGUACACGCAGCCGGAAACCGUAAAUAUAGGCCAACCGCUAACGCUUGCGAAGAAUACUUUAUAUCGGCCAUACUUUUCUUAUCAUUUGGAGUUUCCAGUUGAAAAUAGUGAUAUAAAACAGUUUAUUUACAAAAAAGCUUUAAAACAUGCAUAGAGCAAAAAAGGCCGGCAUCGCUUUGGAUAUUGAAAGGAAAUUAGAAGAGAAAUACAACGAAGAAGACGCCCUGGGAACGCCCGAUAGAGUAAUUAAAUGGAUAAACGAAAUUUUGAAAGGAGAGCAUGCUCCCUGCACAAGAACCGGAUGGAGGCAUUUGCAAUUCCAUUUAAGAGAUGGUAUCGUAUUAUGCAAGUUUAUAAACAAACUACUGGAAAGUGAGGAAAAACAAACUGUUAAAUUCAGUAAAAACUCCCACACUGCUUUCAUAGCUAUGGAGAAUAUUGAGCACUUUAAUAAGCUAGAUAUGGUCUUCAUGAAACUGAUCUAUUCCAGAGCGUGGAUUUGUAUGAAGGAAGGAAAGGAACGUUUCUAAACAUCAUCAACUGUUUGAAUAGAUUAGGUUUUAUGGCAAAUGAGAAGGGUUUCCAACCGCAAUACGAAGCCAUCAAACCCCCAGAGAGAGAUGCGGAGACUUGGAGUUCUACUUAAAUUACUUUUAAAGUAGACAAUUGAAUGUAGUAUUCGAUUAGAUAAAGCAGCUUAGUUAUUAUGUCAACUCUAGAAAACGUAAUUUAUCUGAAAAUACUAUAAAGUGUACUAUAAUAUAAAUGAUAUAUACACAGUAUAGAUAUAAA